AUCAAGUGCCGAAGCAGCGAAGCAGCCCUGAGCCAAUGCCAGAACUGCGUUGGGUUUGGAAUUGAAUGCCAAUUGUCCCGCCCAUCGAAAAGGGGCAAAGCAGGCGGAUCGGAGCGCAUUGGGCGGACGAUCCCGAGCAUGCAGAGAACAAGCUCCAGCAUAGCGGCGACUGUUGUCCCCUCAGAUCGGGGGCUUCGGAGUGAUGGUCCUCCAGAGCCCGUGUCUCACGACUCCGUCGUUGAGCCAUCAAGCGACAGAACAGAGCUCGGAGACGGAAAUCUCCCCACAGGCACGCUAGCUCCAGCCUGGUGCGCAUUUGCAUGGAAAACAUUAUUCACGUCAAUCGUCUGGGAUGGCUGUAUUCAUUUUCAGGAGGCUCACUCAAUGGUCGAGUAUCCUGAAGGUGAUCAGUCCGGAUUUUUACCAGCAGGCAAUCCCAAUUGGAUCGAAGGGUGGAAUUUUACUACAGAUCUCUAUCGCAUAUUGGAGCACGUACUCUGCAAACUGAGAACGCGGCACUCUCGCUUCAACCUAUUCGGAGAUUGCCACUCACGCUUGGAGACGCACCGAUUACAAGACCGAGUAAACGGUUUGCAUUUCGGUCUACAUCAUCGCUUCAAAGAAUUCGGUUUGGCGACCGGUGUUGCCGAAAAGGACAUAUACGGCUUUCAGGCAGCAAAUAUCCAGGCAACGCUUGCACUUCUGCGCAUGGCAUUGCUGUCUCUGGAAGGUGAUGUCGAUCUGGAUAAGAAAUGCUCUGUUGUCAACGAGGUGUUGACAGCGUUCCACCAAGUUCCGAAGGCCUUCCAGCGCGCUAUUAGUAAUCCUCUCAUAUACCACAUCGGUUCAAUCGGAAUCAUUCUUGGUUCCGUCAUGGAAGGCAUGAGCCCCUUCCUAAAAGGAUCUUCACAAACUCACUAG